AUGUCAUUUCGAUUCAUAUAUCAAGAUGGACGUGAGAAAUUUGUUGAUGAAGAUGGAAAACCAACAUUGGAUGAGUAUGACAAAGAAGGAGCUUUGCCUUUGGAUUCAAUUGUCGAUUUCCACUGCUAUCACAAAGCGGUUCAAGAGGAAUUGAAGAUGGACAUAGAUUUGGCGGAGCAGGAGGAUGAAUUAGAUGAAGAUGCAAAUAUGGAUAUGAGUAAUGAAGCCAUCAAACCCAACAAUUACAAAGUUAAGAAUGAAAAGAAAAGAUCAAAUAGAAAAUACACUGAUCUGGAUGUCAACAAAGUUAUUGGUAUUCAUAAUGAGAAACCAUCUGUAGCUAUCCGCAUAAUUGCAGGUACUGCUAAAGUUGAUGAAACUACCACCAAAAAAUGGAUAUCGCAAUAUAAAAAGAACGGUGUUGUCCCCACUAUCAAUCAAAGAGGUAGAAAGAAAAAGCAAUUAACUGAAGAUCAUAAGAAAGCUGUUGUAUCCUUUUUUGAUGAUAAUCCUAUUGCAACAAUUGAUGACGCUAGAGAUGAGUUGACAAAGUUAUUUGGAGAGCUUGAGAUCGGAGCCACUAGAUUGAAGGAGUUUGUGAAAAAAGAUUGUGCAUUGACAUUCAAAAAGAUCAAGAGGUUGGCCAAAAAGGGUGAAACUCCUGUUGCUGUGACAAAGCAGUUGAAAGCUGAAAACAGACUGGUUUUAGGUGCUGUUGGUGCUGAAGGAAUUAUACUUUUGUCGCUACGUCCACCUCCCGUUUCAAACAAAAAGAGAAAACUAGAUGCUGGAUCUGCCCCGGAACCUUCAGCAUUUGAUGCUGCUGUACCGGAAUCUAAAGGUACUACCACAGGUCAUUUUAAAACAUUUGUCACUCAGGUUUGUCAAAUUUUGAAGGAAAAUGAAGAGUUGAAAGGAAGAUAUUUGUCAUUUGCAUUAAUACCUGAUAAAUUUCAAAAAUUCCCAUUAAUUGAUAUUAAAAAAGUUCGUCAUAAUUCAUCAGUUUAUAGAUUUGGUUUAAACAAACCAACUGAUAAAUUAAAUUUACCAAUUGGUCAACAUAUUUCAAUUGGUGCAAUAAUAGAUGGUAAAGAAAUUGUUAGAUCUUAUACUCCAAUUUCAACAAGUGAUCAACAAGGUCAUUUUAAUUUAUUAAUUAAAACUUAUGAAAAUGGUAAUAUUUCAAAACAUGUUGCUUCUAAAAAAAUUGGUGAUACUGUUGAAAUUAGAGGACCAAAAGGAUUUUUCACACAUUCUCCAAAUAUUAAAAAGACAUUAGGUAUGAUUGCAGGAGGUACUGGUAUUGCUCCAAUGUAUCAAAUCAUUACAGCUAUAAUGAAUAAUCCAGAUGAUAAAACUAUUGUUCAUUUAAUUUAUGCAAAUGUUACUGAAGAUGAUAUUUUAUUGAGAGAAGAAUUAGAAAAUUUUUCAAAACAACAUCCAGAUAGAUUAAAGAUCCAUUAUGUUUUAAAUGAAGCUCCAAAUGAUUGGAAAUAUUCAACUGGAUUUGUUACACCAGAUUUAAUUGCAAAACAUUUACCACAACCAUCUCAAGAUACUAAUUUAUUAUUAUGUGGUCCACCACCAAUGAUUAGUGCUAUGAAAAAAGCUGCUGUAUCUUUAGGUUAUGAUAAAGCAAAACCAGUUUCUAAAUUAGGUGAUCAAGUUUUCGUUUUUUAA